AAAAAGCACACGUUGCAAUCAAAUUGAGGCCGGAACAACUGGGUCACGUAAACAGUUGCAUCGAACGUUCGUAUGAUACAGAUGAUUUUGAAGUUCGAUUAAAAAAAUAUUUGUUGUGAUUUUCACAAUCACUUUAAAGUACAUAACUGCCAAUUUUCAGAAAAAAAUACAAUUAAAUAAAUUUUAUAGCGUGUAUUCAUCAAGAGAGUGAUCCGCUAUUGGUUAUGAUCCGCUAAGGGUAUUAGAAGAUGUAUGUCAAAAACAAAAGUUCCUGCCUGCAGAAGACUAUUCACUGAAACAUGGACGUAACACGCUAGACCUGACACUGUCAAUGCGAUAUGCAAAUCUCUCAAACAAUGCGAAACUUGAGCUGGUUAAAUGUGAAAAGAGUCGUGCGGAGAGCGCAGUGUUGAUUGCCCUUCAGUUAGAGGGUGGGGAACGCCUGCAGGGGGAGUUUGAGCCUGGCACCACACUCUGGGAGCUUUUACAACAUUGGGAAGGACAGGAGGAAGGGAAGUAUGCAGGCAAACUAGCCUAUGUUGACAGUAGCACAACGCCACCUCUACAGCCGGUGUGUAUCUAUAUGAGAGAGGAAGUGACAGGAGAAUUUGCCCUGCAAGAAACUUUGCUGCGUACUCUGGGUCUCACUGGAGGUAGAGCUGUUAUCAGACUCCUUCAUAGGUCUGUAGAAGAUUCUGUUCUCACAGAAAUUAAGACAAAAAUUGAAAAAGAGAAACAAAGGAAGGCCAGACUAGCAGGUGGUCCAUCUCAACAAACUCAGCCAAAACAAUCUCAAAAUGAACAAAAGACUAAAAAUUCUGACCCCUCUUAUCCGUCAGGUAAAGCUGUUAAGCAAUCAAUUUCAGUAGAAACUCAAGUUCAAACUGGAGAAAGCAGUGUAGCUGAAGUAAAAGCAGAAAGCACAAAUAUAUCCUUGAAUAUAAAUUUGAAUAUUCAAAAUGAUGGGCAGCCAAUUAGAAUGUCUCAGCCUCCAUCUGAAGAAGGGAGUCCCCAGACAAGAAGAGAGGAACCAGCCAAUAAGAUGGUCCGGCUUGAAGAGUCACAUGAUGUUGGGGAGCCAAUGGAAGUAGAGCAAGUUCAGAUUGGGGAAAACCCCAUGGAAACCGAGGAUGUGGUCUCAUCCAGCACAGAAACAAGGCAGCAACCAACUGCAUCCACAGAUUCAAGAGAGAGCGCACGCCAGAACGCCGUUAAUGAACUGAGAGACAUCCCAGGAAUUGAGGUGUUUUCUCCUAAUGACUUCAAUGACCUUCCACCGGAUCAGCAAAGGGUUGCUAAAAGGUUGGCCCAGGCUCUGUUUUCCAGUAUGGGAGCCUCAGGGCAGGGACCGGCCAUUUCCCAGGGUGGGGCCAAUUCUGAAGGUGGGGCACGCAAGAAGAAACCAGCACCUAAACAGCAACAACAGCCAACAUUCGCUAACUUCAAGUUCCCAGAAGAAACAAAGGGAAAGAAUUUGUACAAAAAUGAAAUGAGUAAUGUGAAGCAAGAAGAUUUCAAACCCUGUGAUAGACGGACAAUUGUAUUUAAUGCUGAGGAAUCUCUCCGUUCCCCGGGAAGUUCAGAAGGCACCGAAGACCUGCCAGAUGAUUUCUUUGAGCUGACAGAGAGGGACAUUCGAAGUUUGAUGGCUGAAAAACAGAAACAACUAAAUUCUCUUGAAGACCAGCCCCUGAUGACGGCAUCCAUGCGUAAAGCUCGGGUAGAGGAGAUGUACAGCAAAUAUGAACGUGUGGUCAUACGUGUACAGUUCCACGAUAAACUUGUGCUGCAGGGGUUGUUUAGGCCGAUGGAAACAGUGUUUGCCGUUCAAAAGUUUGUGAAAGAGCAUUUGGAGGACAAAAGUAUUCCGUUCUAUUUAUAUACAUCUCCACCGAAGAAUGUUCUCAAAGAUCAAAGCAAAACACUCAUAGAGGCACAGCUUGUUCCUGCAGCCGUGGUGUAUUUUGGAAGUGAACACCAAAAAGCCCACUACCUAUCAUCAGCAGUGCUAGCAGAACAAAGCUCCAAGCUGAAGGCAGACAUCCUUGUAGCUGAAUGCCUAAAUGCAGUUGAAGAAGAUGCUGAGUCAAAUGAGGCCCAACCAUCCUCAUCUAAAGGAAAGAAACCAGUCAAUUUCAAACCAGCAUCAUCAUCAUCAUCAUCAUCACCAGCAUCAUCAUCAUCUGGACGAUCUACUGGCUCAUCAGAUAAGCCUGUGCCCAAGUGGUUUAAAAUUGGAAAGAAAUAAGAAGUUUGUGAUACUGUUCUGAUGCGGUGUGUUCCAAGAUUGUGCUAAGGGCUGUGUCAUAUUUGAUACAUGCUUCUCUCACUUACAUUAUUUUGGUCAAAAUAUCGCUUAUUUACAUGACAUUUCAUUCAUUCUGAUACAUUAGAAUACGGCUUGUAUAUACAAAAAAGUGGUAAUAAAAUGCCCUGUGACUAUAAUGUUAAAAGACUGUUGUCAAAAAGUGAAGAAAAUGGAGUUGUGGUAAAAGUUUAAAUGUUUGAGUAAUUACAAUUUGUUAAAUAAAGUUGUUAAAUCUAUCCUGCUGUAUCAUAUUCACUUUUUUGACAUUGUUGUUCCCGAUAUAUUUAUUUCAAAUAAAUGCUGAUUAAUAAUA